UUUGAGGGGAUGUAAUAAAAAUACUCCUAAAAAUAGAGUUGCAGAAUAACGAGCGUGAGAUCACCCACACUUGACCAUCUCCCUUUCUUCUUCCAUUAUUUCUCCAUAUUAUGAACACUAGGUAGGACUCUCUCUCUUCUCUCCUCUUUCUUCCCAUACUCUUCGCCGUCGGAAGCCUUCAGAUAACGGACAUAAUAAAUCUCCGUCUACAAUCUUAGGCGAUGGGUUCGGAGGAAGAGAAGGUCGUUGUUCCAAGAAACUUUAGAUUGUUAGAAGAGCUUGAAAGAGGUGAGAAAGGUAUCGGAGACGGUACCGUCAGCUAUGGAAUGGAUGAUGCUGACGAUAUUCUCAUGCAAUCUUGGACUGGCACCAUCAUUGGUCCUCAUAGUACUGCCUAUGAAGGAAAAAUCUUUCAGCUGAAGCUUUUUUGUGGAAAAGACUACCCUCAAAGCCCACCUACUGUCAGGUUCCACACCCGGAUUAACAUGUCUUGCGUUAACCCUGAUAAUGGAGUGGUCGAACCAAGUCACUUCCCUAUGCUUUCCAACUGGAGAAGAGAAUACACAAUAGAAGAUUUACUUAUGCAGCUUAAAAAAGAGAUGAUGUCACCCCAUAACCGCAAGUUGUCUCAACCCUUGGAAGGUAAUGAGGAAGGGAGAACAGACCCAAAGGGGCUUGUGGUGAAAUGUUGUGUCAUGUGAAGCAAAAGGCAAACAUGAGGAAUUUGUAAGAGAAUUAUAGAGACAAAAACAGUGUAUAUAUAAAUAUCAUAUUUUAAUGCUUUGACAUUGUCUGCCUCGGACUCCUUUUUUCUACAGGCCUUAGGGCAUCUAGUUAUUUUAUUUUAGAGUGAAAUAUAGAGAAAAUUAUAGUGUGUCAUUGGAGACGAUCUUAAUCCUACCCAUUUGAUUAUCUAUUAUGUAAUCCUAGUUAUGAUAAUAUAUCAAUUCCUAAUAAA